AUGGACAUUGAUAUCUCAGACAUCCUCGCGGACGUUUCGCGCUCUCAGCCCUACUCAACAGCAACAAACUCAUACUCUGUCAGCGACACCGACGCCUUCAUAGACCACCAGCUCCUUACACGCGCAUGGACAUCGGAGCGCUGUGCACCUGAUCUGCUCCCUUAUCCUACAGAACUCAUGAGUCGCGUAAUGGCGCGCGUUCAAGCUCAAAUAUCGCGUAUUGAAGAUCUAGCCAGCGGAAUGGACGGUGGUUCCUCGUCACUGUACCCAAAUUCGAUGGAUGGGAUCGUGGGUGGAAAGCCGACUAGCAGCACACAGAAUGCCAACCUCAUUCUCGCAAUAUUACAGACAGAUCUAUCACGGUCACAGUUCCUUGUAAGGAGUUUGUUGAGACAAAGACUCGCCAAGAUGACCAAGUACGCUACUUAUUACCUCACCCAACAUCUCAACUCCGACACGAAGACGUCCACUAUCAUGUCGACAUCGGAAGUAGCCUUCCUGAGACAUCAUCAAGCCCUGAUAGGAGAACUUUACGAUUCGAGUUUUCUGAACUCGCUUCCGACGGGCUUACAGAGGAUGGAUGACUCAAGCGGAGGGGUACCUAUGAUAGAGGGGCCAGACGGCUCAAAGGCUGUACUUGUGAGAUGCUUAAGUGAGGGCACCUGGAAUAAUGAGCGGGAUGUCGAUGAGGCGAGGGACCAGGACCAGGAAGAAGGUGCUAGUGUAGUGCUGAGGAUGAGGAGAGGAGAGGUCUGGGUUGUCAGGUGGAAGGACGUGAGGAAAGGCGUCCAGAGGGGAGAGGUUGAGUUGUUAUGA